UCUUUCGUGCCCAGUUCCACUCCCAUUUAAAACCCAACCCAAAAAAAAAAAAAAAAACUUUGCUGCUGCCUUCUGCAAUAGUCAUAAAGAAAUCAGCUUUUAGGCCAUUUUUGGAGCUGAGUUGGGUUUGAUUGAUCCGAGGAGGGGAGACAGGGCACCAGAGGUUCUGAUUCAUCAGCUUCUCUUUCUGAUUCUGACUUCUCAUUGGCUCUCCUCUAAGAUCGAGACUUAAUAGAAGGGAGCAUUCUCAACAGAGAUGGGAAAUAUAGACAUUGAGAGAUCUCUUCUCCCUACUCCUGCGCCGCCUCCAUUGCCUGGCUCGCAGGCUCGAAGCUGCUAUUGGAACAGUCGGACGUCAACGGACCGGUCGGCUUCGGGAGUAGUAACCUCCAUCUCGGCUUCCUCGAGUGACCUGUGGGAUCGUCUCUUUGACGAAGGAUACAAGGCAGAUGUUCAAAUCAACACUGAUGGGGGUGGAAUUAUAUAUGCACAUGCUAGUGUUCUCGGCCUGGCUUCUGCUGUGCUAAAAAACAUGUUGAAGAGAUCGAAGAAGCAUGGCCGCUGGAGAUCUAUCUCAAUCCGUGGAGUUCAACCUAAGGCAGUUCGUGUUUUUGUUCGGUUCUUGUACUCUUCUUGCUAUGAGAGACAAGAGAUGGAAGAGUUCGUUUUGCUUCUCUUGGUCCUUUCCCACGCGUUUGUGGUCCCGCAGCUGAAGCAGAAAUGCGAGUGGUACUUAGAGAAGGGGUUGAUCAAUCUGGAGAACGUGAUCGAUAUCAUUCAGCUCGCGCUGCUCUGUGAUGCCCCGAGGCUGAGCCUCAUCUGCCACCGCAUGAUCAUGAGGAACUUUGAGGAUGUUUCCGCCACCGAGGGUUGGAGGGCAAUGAAGAAGAGCCACCCAAUCCUCGAAAAGGAGCUGCUGGAAUCGGUCAUAGAAGACGAUAAUAGGGAAAAGGAGAGAGUUCAGAAACGGAAUGAGAGGAAGGUCUACUCUCAGCUCUUCGAAGCCAUGGAUGCCCUGGUCCACAUCUGCCGAGAAGGGUGCCGGACGAUUGGCCCCUUUGACAAGGCCUUCAGGGAGGACCAACCGCCCUGCAGUUUUGAGGCCUGCAAGGGGCUCGAGCUUCUCCUCCGCCACUUUGCCAGCUGCAAGCUGAGAGUCCCCGGGGGCUGCCUCCAUUGUCGCCGGAUGUGGCAGCUGUUCGAGCUCCACUCCCGCCUGUGCCGGGAUUCGAGCUCAUGCAGGGUCCCCUUGUGCAGGAAUUUCAAGGAGAGGUUGAAGAAGCAGAAUAAGAAGGACGAGAUCAAGUGGAAGAUGCUGGUGAGGAAUAUCCUGAGAACCAAGGGCAUAAGCUGGGCACAUUUCCUCCAAUCAGAAUCGGAAUCUUCCACCUCGUAACACCGGAUCCAUAGAUACACCUUAGCAAUUAGCUCUUGGACCUGCAGCUUCGAUGCAAUCAUUUCCUCGUCCGGCAUAUAUAUUCUUAUAGAAAAUUUCAAUCUAAGAACCUCGUAUUACUUAACUUCAGCUAAAAAUAGAUACAUCAUGGCCACACUCGGCGUGGAGAAGGAAAGAAAUCCAACGGGAUCCCUUUCUGCAUCCCAUUGUAUCAAAUGUGAAUUAUAGUUAGAUCGGGCAACAUGUGAAGAUCAGCAGUCCCAUGUUAUAAAUAAGUGUACCAAUCCCACUUCUUGUUGUAAUGUAAUAUAUAUAUAUAUAUAUAUAUAUAUAUA